AUGUCUUAUCCUGAUCACGAGUCUAUUUCUUCUUCUAACAAUCGGUUGAUCAAUGAGGAGUUAUCUUAUGACCAAAAUACUAUGGAAAAUGAGUUGAAUAGUAUGUUAGUACUUUUAAUAGACGAGCAACGUCAUGUUUUUUAUCAGAUUAUGGAAUCUGUUAGAAUGAACAAAUGUGGUGUGUUUUUUCUUUACGGAUAUGGUGGGACAGCAUUGGAUAGAACCUUAAAAGAUAUAUUGAUGCCUGAAUGUUCAAAUAGCGAAGCUUUACCAUUUGGAGGAAAGACAAGAUAUCGUCAACGCUUCAUUGAAUUCAUCAUAUAUAUGGAACAAAUGCAAGUUACUAACGCUAACAAAAAACAUGAGGCUCACAGUUGGCAUUAUCAUGGUGAUAUUGAGAAGACAAGAGAGUUUGCUAAAUGGCUUUUGGAUAUUGGCGAGGGAAAAGUUGGUGUUCGCAACGACGGCGAAGCUGUUAUUGAUAUACCUGAAAAAUUGUUGAUUACUGAUUCCACUAACCCUAUUGGUAGUCUGAUCAACUUUGUGUAUCCUUCGAUACUUGAAUCUUUCAAUGAUCCAAAUUAUUUUUAA